AUGCUUGACGAGGGCCCGUCGCUAUCGCCCCUUUUCUGGCCGUAUUUUUCAGCGCUCACUCCUCCAGCACGUGACGCUCAGGCUCACAGCUACAGAUCCCUUGAAAGAGCCUCGCAUACGGCCUCUGGUGAUGGGCUGCACAAGGCGACGGUGGGAAGAUCGGCAUCGUUUACAAUACAAUUGGUGGGGGACCAACUCGGCUCGCUGCCUGACUGGAAACCAAACAGCAGCACACGGUUCAUCUACGUGUGGAUCGCUAAUAAGGAUCAGGACGAGAUUUUGAUCGCGGAGGUAGCAGACGGCGGCAGCAAGAACGGCACUCUGACCGCCACGUACAAGAGUGAUUUCCCCGGGGACUACCUGGUGUAUAUCGAUGAAGUCGAGUCUUCAAAAAAGGAUGAGGGUGUUCCCAUCUUGGGUAGCCCUUUCAGUCUCACGAUUGCAGGCGAUGCUCCGACGCUGGACGUCAACUCCCUUCCCGUGUGUAGCACCCACGAAGAUACCAACAAAGACAUCCCGGAUACAUUUUGGAGGUCCGGGACAUGGCUUUCCUCGAACGUCGCUAGUGCGGCGCAUGGAGUUAUGAGAAACGGGUGGGUGUUUCAGCCCAAAUCUUGUGUUUUCGACACGUUUUCAUAUGAGGAUCUCAUGCUCCUUGCCAGCCUCGACGGCGAGCCGACGUGGCUUCUGGUGUUGGGAGGAUCCGUCCAAAGGGGUGUGUUUCUGACCCUGAUAGACAUGGUGUUAGCGGCCGGGCAAAAGCACGACAUCCAGUCAAGUGUAGUUCAGAAAUGCUGGGGAUACGCCGACGUCCGGGUCGGAAACCUCCGCCUGACGUACCAGGUACUCAUGGACGCCCUGCCGCCUAGCUGGGAAGGAAAGCUCUCGUUCGUGGAUCACAUGGCUGGAUUUGGGAUUAUGUGGGAGGAAGAGAACCCAACCAUGACCGCUCUGGAAGACGUCAGGAUGUGGUACUUAAGCAGUUCGCCAGACGACGACAAUGGACUCGGCAAAAUGGACGCUUACGAAACCCGAGACCCUCGCAUGUACCAGGCGAAACUCUUCGAAAACGAACAAUCGAAGAACGGAAUUCGGCGUUUCGCAGUCAGCCAACACUUUCACUACGUCUCUUCAGACGCGUCCGGCCCGGAAACGCGCAACGGGACAAUCAUGGUGCACUCCACGAUAACAGAGAUGCUGGCUAAUGUCAUGAUCGGCCGGGCCGUGGAAACAAAGGCGAAACUCUAUGCAAAGGCCGCCGCAUCAACCGACGAAAUUCGAAAAAUGAACGCCGAGUUCGGGAAGGCGUUUCAGGUGUGCUCGGAUUGCCCUAGCGCUCUUCUGCCGUUCCACGUCAAAGCGAUCCCUGAAUCCGUCUGCGAGAUCGUCCAGUCCCUGCCUGGAGAUGCGAAGACGGGCGAGGCGUGGCCUGGAAGUCUGUGUCCCGAUUGGUGCAUGAAGCAGGCGCCUGUGUCUCAAUCAACGACCCAAUCAGGUGUCGUGGAAGUCCGAUGGUGCCGCCGCAAACACUGA